AUGUCAUUCUUCAAACGACUGUCACGCACACGCACCGACUCUUACGUUGAAGACUACGGCGACAACAAGUAUCGUGACGAGAAGUACGAAGCGCGCCCUACAUCUUCCCGCAGGACCAACUCUCAGCCUACUACUCCUGCGACUGCACUCGCACCUACCGAGCCAGACUCCAAAGACAUGUAUUCACGCCAACAGGGCCCGCAGGAGGCAUAUGGCGCGACAAGAGGCCUACCCAAUGGUGUCAAUGGCAGCACGGGACACAAUGCGCUGCCUCCGAUGAACCCAGUUCCAAUGGCGCCGAUCAAGGCUGAGCCAAUGCCAGACCUUUUGACGCGCGCAUUCAACGAAGCUGUUCGCCCAUACUCGGACAAGAUCGAGCAACUAGAGAGCCAGAUCGCAGACCUGCAAAGCUACGUCGAGCAGAUGGAGCAGCAGCGGGCAGAGGUGCACUCGUGGAUCGACAAAAGAGGGCUGAGGCCUGACGUUCCACCAUCCAUCGCGAAAGUCAUGGACUCUACCACACCCGACAGCGCCAACACCUUGAACGCGCAACUCGACCGCAAGAUCACCAUCGUCAACUUCGACCUUCAUCGCCUUCAGGACGACCUCAACGACUCCAUCUCUGCCUCGCACUUCGCGUCAGCGAUGUCGAAGUUCCUGCCCGACAUCACGCGCCUGUCUUCCCUUCCCACCGGCCCGCGCUACGCUUUCGACCUCAUCCUCAAGCUCGGCGGCAACCUCAACUCGCACGGUGGUCUCGACACUGGCGAUGCGUCUGACCUCGCCGCACGCCGAGACUUCUACGGAAAGCUAGACCAAGCAAUGGAAGAAGUUGUGCGGAGGCGCUUCCAAGAGAACGAGGAGUGGGCUGUGCAGAGGGAGAUCAAGCGCAUCGAGAAGACGGCGGCUUAUCUCAGAAACUUUGGUGUCGAGCCGUAUUUCCCUGGUACAUUGGACCUGAUGAGGCGCGAGCUUGAAUACCGCGGACAGCCCGCGGGCACACCGCCGAGGUAUCAGUAG